UGACCUUUUGUGUCUCAUCAGUCUGUGACUGUAUUUAACCGAUGCAGGGAGGAAACAUUUUCCCCUGGAACUGUCCCCUGUUGAUAUGACGAUCGCUACUGCGGGGUCACGCCAUGCACCAGAGGCAGAAGCCCAGCGCUCCAGAACACACGAGCGAUCCUGCAGCCGAUGGAGGAGCUCUGCCCAUGUCUCACAAUGACUCACGCUCUCUUCUCAAUUUCUCUCAGCUUAUGCUCUCUGCUGGCCAAAUCAAACCGUCACCAGCGCUCAAACAUUCAAAAAUCACAUACUUUGAAGUAGAAAUUCUUGAUGUGCAAAGCAAGAAGCAGAUUUGCAUUGUGGACAAGGUACCUCCAGCAUCUACCGUUCUUGACGUGAAACACAAAUUUCACAAAGCAUGUCCCCAGUGGUACCCUUCCCGUGUUGGCCUGCAACUAGAACGCAAUGGGCCCUUUUUGAAGGAUUCAAUUAACAUUCAAAGUCUUGCUGUUUCCUCCAUCAUUACACUGUAUUUUACAGACCUGGGUCAGCAGGUCGGUUGGACCACAUUUUUUCUAACAGAAUACACCGGACCUCUUCUAAUAUAUCUGCUCUUUUAUAUUCGCCUCUCAACUAUUUAUGAUCAAGUGGAAAGUAGGAAGAACUUCCGCCACCCAGUGGUUCACUUGGCCUGCUUCUGUCACUGUUUACACUACAUCAGACAUCUUCUGGAGACAUUAUUUGUUCACAAGUUUUCGGAAGGGCACACUCCUCUGAAAAAUAUGAUAAAGGGCUGUGCCUUUUACUGGGGAUUCACAUCCUGGAUCGCCUACUACAUCAACCACCCAUGGUAUACUCCACCAUCAUUUGGCCACAGACAAGUUUCUUAUGCUGCCCUUGCUUUUCUGAUGUGUGAAGCUGGAAAUCACUUUAUCAACGUAGCUUUAGCUCACCAAACUAAUUCAGGAAAUAAAACCUGUUUUCCAAGUCCAACUUACAACCCCUUCACAUGGCUCUUCCUGCUGGUAUCCUGUCCCAACUAUACAUAUGAGGCUGGGUCUUGGAUUAGUUUCACAGUGAUGACACAAACUCUGCCAGAAACAGACAUGGAAAGAAGACACAUGAUCCUUUUCUUUAAAUCUUCUUCCUUGGUAGUUGGCAUUUUUGCUUUCCUGAUGGUCAUCCAGAUGUCUCUCUGGGCCCAAAAGAAACACAAGCUGUAUCUGAAGAGAUUUUAUCCAGAAGUGCGGAGAAAAGCAGCUAUGAUUCCUAUCAUCUUCUGAGAUCUUCAUAAGAGUUGGAGUCCAAGUGUACAGUUCAAGAGCCAACUCAGAGCCAUUUCAUUGAGUAACCAAGUGGAUCAGAGGAAGAACUACUGGAUAUCUUUUUCAGAAAAUUAACAAUUCACGACAAAGAGCUUUUAAUUAAGUGCAAAAAUACAGCUCUUGAAUUCUUGGUUCCUGCUAAAAGAUAUGAUUUAAUUAGAUUUUCUGUAAUGGAGCUAAUUGGAAAGGGACAAGAAAACUGCUUAUAUUGAAUGUUAGAUAUUUAGCUGGUGUAAGUGGGCACAGAUGCUGUUGCAAUUAAUGAACACGACUCAUCUGCAUGCAUUCAGGUCUGGUAAUUUUAAGGUUCAGAGUUAUAUGUUGACAAGAGUCUUGGAUUUUUGCAUUAGAAGAUGUUUCACAGCCUUAUUUCUAUUAAACUGCACAAAAUCAGCACAUUCUGCCUCAGCUCCUCUAAACCAUCACAUCAAAGGGUGACCGCUUUGCUGUGAACACCAUUUAGUCUAGCUUCACAAGGUUUUUCUUUCUUUUCUCUCUUUUCUUAAUCAAAUUUCAUAUCAAAUUGUUCAAUACAAAUUGGCUUAAAUUGGUCACUGCAAAGAGGUCUAGCUUUCUUUUCUUUUCUUUUCAGAUAGGCAGAUCAGCUCCACAAUCUCAGAAGGGCACUGUUUGUGAGGUGCUUCCCAUUUUGCUACUAAUUUGAGGCAUGACCUUGGGUACAUCAUUUAAGUCUAUCUCCCUUUCCCAUUGAACAGCCUGGAAAUAGCAGAAGACUUUCUGCACUAACAAGCAUUAUAAGAUCCCCUUGUUCAGUGCCCGACUGCGUCCAGACACCAUUCACCUUACUUGUAUCAGGUACUGUGAAAUCUAUGGGCACAAGGUGAACCAAAGUACAGCUUGUUAUCAAAAAGGAAAGAGAUCCUGCCACAUGCAUUUCUUUCCAUGUUUGAACUGCCUCAGAUGGACACUGCUGAAAGGCUUCAGCUCCCCUUAAGUUUGGUCAGGCUCUAUCUUUGCUUUCCAGGACAUUAUUUCUAAGGGAUUCUCUGGGCUUGUAUUCAAUUCCUGAAAACACUAUGUAGCUCCAUUUGCAAAUCAGUGGCAUCCGUGUCAUGCAGAAGCACAAUUUUAGUUACACAGAGCAGAAAAACCAGAGCUGCUUCAGCAGGUAUUAAGA